AGGCGGGGGGGCGAGAAGCCUCGGGGAGCGCGGACGGCAGACAAGGCUGGCUGGAUCAAGAAGAGCAGCGGGGGCCUCCUGGGGCUCUGGAAAGACCGCUAUCUGCUCCUCUGCCAGGCCCAGCUGCUAGUCUACGAGAAUGAGGACGAGCAGAAGUGUGUGGAGACAGUGGAGCUGGGCAGCUAUGAGAAGUGCCAGGACCUUCGGGCCCUCCUCAAGCGGAAACACCGGUUCAUCCUGCUGCGCUCCCCAGGGAACAAGGUCAGCGACAUCAAAUUCCAAGCACCCAGUGGGGAGGAGAAGGAAUCCUGGAUCAAAGCCCUCAAUGAAGGAAUCAGCCGAGGCAAGAACAAGGCUUUCGAUGAGGUAAAGGUGGACAAGAGCUGUGCCCUGGAACAUGUGACUCGGGACCGAGUGCGUGGGGGACAGCGGCGCCGGCCACCUACGAGAAUCCACCUGAAGGAGGUAGCCAAUGCAGCCUCUGACGGACUUACACGCUUGGACCUCGAUGUUCUGGACAGCAGGCCACCGGCGUUCACUCCCAGCAACGACGUGAGUCCGGCCCAGCCCCGGGAGAUACCCCGGCCCCCCCUGCCUCCUACCAAGCCUUCCCCAGUGCCCGAGAUGGCCGUCCUUGGUGACAGAUUGGAAACCCCUGUCGGGGAGAGAGCACCAACCCCUGUCUCAGCAAGCUCUGAGGCUCACCCUGAGGGCCAAGAGGACUCAGAGACCACAGUGGGGGAGGACAGUUUCCCUGAGCAGCUCCCCACCACGGUCCUGCCUGAGAAACUGAAGGUGAGCUGGGAGAACCCCAGCUCCGAGGAGCCCCCUGACCCCGAGAGUGCAGAACCACCCCUGGUGCCCCACUCUGAGACUUCUGAGGCUUCGACCAAGGAGGGUAGGAAGCCCCCUACGCCCCCACCCAAGAUCUUAUCGAAGAAACUGAGAGCCUCCAUGAUUGGGGUGGAGGCUUCGGGGCCGGCCCAGAGUCCGGAGGCCUCUGAGACCUUGGCCCCAGGCCCAGCACAGGUCUCGGUGAAUGGAGUGGAUGACGGGCCUGAGCCUGACGAGCCGUCCCAGGCCGAGGACACCCCAGGAACUCCCCCACAGAAUGCAACGACGUCUACAGAACUGUUCCCCAAGGACCAGUCUCCUCCGUUCCAUCCCCGCUGCUCCUCCAUGGGGGACUUGCUUGGGGAAGGCCCCCAGCGUCCACGGCAGCCUAGAGGACGGCUGUACCGGGCCCAGCUGGAGGUGCAGGUGGCCUCUGAACAGACGGAGAAACUGAUGAACAAGGUGCUGGCCAGUGAGCCGGCCCCGGUGAGCGCUGAGACGUUGCUCAGCCAGGCUGUGGAGCAGCUGAGGCAGGCCACCCAGGUCCUGCAGGACAUGCGAGAUCUGGGAGAGCUGAGCCAUGCCCAGGAAGCACCUGGGCUACAAGAGAAGCGGAAGGAGCUGGUUACCCUCUACAGGAGAAGUGCACCCUAGGGCCUCCCAGGCCAGGGCAUGGUCCCUCCUGGCUGGCCCUGUCUACCAAAGCCCAGCCCUGCUGAGAAAUGUGCUUCUGCUCGGGCUGUUGAAGGGCUAUCGGCCAUGUCAGGGUUUGGCCAGGACCUCCGGAGGCUCCUGGUACCCUUCUGCCCUGCCUGGGCCAGUGGUGCCUGUGGUGCCAGGUGCCACCCAGGCUGCUGUCUGGCUGCCUGGCCUGGCCUCUGGGCUCUGGCUUGGGCUGGGAGCACACACUCAGGACUUCUGUGCUUGCGUGGUUGUUCUGAACAACUGACCCACGGCUGUGGCACAGCCCUGGGGGUUCUGGGGGCCGCAUCAUCUCUGCUUCUCUCCCCCAGUAGUUUACAUUCCUGACUCCAGAGUAGAGCGCGGCUGAGCCCCCACAGCCUCUGUGUCCAGAUGUCCCUCAGCAAAGAGCCUCGUGGCAAAGGUGGCUCCAGUUCGUAACCGACCCUCCCACCCACCUGUCCCCAGUAAGGGGACAAGU